CACAUGACAUUGUAAGGAAAGAUGGCGUUGUACAACAACAAAGUUCGUCGCGCCUUGAGAAAGUUUGUUAACGUGAUGAUACGAUUUAACCAGUGACAAGUACAACUUGGACAGCAGCAAUACACAAAUUUCAUAUUCGCCGCCAUGUCAGACGAACGCCGUGCCCUGCUCCCUCGUAGAAAUGAAGAACUUUCUCUGGGCCCAACCAGGACUCGAAAUAGUUUGUGGUCUGUUCGAUCUGCCUGUGGGGCGAUCCUGUUGUCAGUCGUUUUGGAAAGACUGGCAUUCUAUGCGCUUGCUGGAAAUUUAGUGUUAUUUCUCAACAGCCAACCGUUCACAUGGGAGUCUUAUCAUGCGAUGAACGCUUCCUUUUAUUUUCUAGGUCUCUCGUUUGUGACUUCAUUAUUUGGAGGAUGGUUGGCCGAUUCAGUGUUUGGAAGAUUCAAGGCUAUCAUAGUAGCGCUAGUAAUUUAUAUAGUUGGGUAUGCCUUUAUGCCUCUAUUGUCACCAAAGGACGACAGCAAGUCCCUUUAUUUGCCAGACGUCUGCCGAAUCCACAACGUCACACCGAUAUCUCAUAGAAUUCACACGCAUGACUUUGAUCUCAGUGACUCAAAUGACAAGAAUCCAUUUGAUGAAAAAUGUGCCUGGCUCAUCUUCAUUGUCCUGACAGUCAUUGCUGUAGGAAAUGGCUCAUUCAAAGCAAAUAUUGCUCCAUUUGGAGCAGAUCAGGUGAAUCAGGAGGGUCAACAGGUGACACUCGGUUUCUUCAACUGGUUCUACUGGUGUGUGAACCUGGGCGCCUUCAUCGGGCUGCUCGCCAUCACCUGGGUGGAGCAGAUGAAGAGCUUCUUCUACGGCUACCUGUCAGCCUGUGUGUGUCUGUCUGUGGGGGCCAUCAUCUUUAUACUGGGUGGCUGUUGUUAUGUACGACGACCAGCUGCUGGAAGUAUACUGACAAACAUUUUCCGAAUCAUCCGUGAAGCUUUUCGGAUGCGACGUCGAAGACGCCGGGACUAUCGCACAAAGUCAAUAACUGGUGGAAAGAUGGUGGAUGAGGCUGAGCCACUCCAUGAGAGGCUGAGUUUCUUGGACUAUGCCAAACAUCGCCAUGGUGGAGUGUUCCAUGACUCCCUGGUGGAGGAUGUGAAGGAGCUGAAGAAGGUCCUGUGUGUCUUUGCUGUCCUCAUCCCCUACUGGAUGGUGUACUUCCAGAUGCAGACUACGUUUCUGGUUCAGGGCCUACAUAUGAAACUCAUGUUCCACCUGAACGAGUCGAACGAUGAUCCACCACAUCCACAGUUGGUGGUGGCUUGGUUCUCCCUGUUCGAUGUUGUCUUCCUCAUCCUGCUGCUGCCGCUGUUUGACCGGGUCAUCUACCCUCGUCUGGCCAAGGCUGGACGCCCCUUCGGAAUGACUAAGCGUAUCAUUGUAGGAAUGGUAUUUGCAAUGGCGGCUAUGAUAGUGGCUGGAGUGGUGGAGCACUACCGAUUGGAGGCCUUCUGGCCAUAUCCUAACAGUACAUGCACGAACCAUUCCAUAAACCAGAAAAUCGGAAAUACAACGUACCAAGCAGCAGACUUCAGCAUCCUGUGGCAGAUCCCUCAGUAUGCCCUGAUAGGCACCAGUGAAGUGUUCACCAGCGUGGCAGGCCUCCAGUUUGCCUACUCCAUGGCACCGAAGUCAAUGAAGGGCAUUAUCAUGGGGCUGUUCUACUUCUCCUCCGGGAUCGGCAGCUUCCUGGGAACAGCUUUCAUCUCCGGCUUCUACAGCACCAACACAUGGUUCCACUCCUCUGAUUUUGGUGACAUCAACUGCCGUCUGGCUUGCGAAGAGGAACCCAAAGGGGACGUUAGGAAUCAAGCUUGUCACCUCGACUAUUACUUUUACCUGCUGGCUGGGGUGGAGCUAGUCGGACUUAUUUUAUUCAUUGUUGUUGCGAAAGUGUUUAAAUUGGGUGUAGAGACCCAACAGAGAUUGCAAGUGGGUUCCUCAGAGCCGUUCCCACCUGAAGCAAAGAUGACUGAUGCUAAAGAUGGGCGUCAUUCUAUACAGAGAACGACGUCUAACUUGUCAUCUUAGCAUUGAGUCGAUCUGGACAGGGUGGGUGGAGUGGAAGAUCUUUAAUGUGUGAUUGGUGUGUGCAGGCUGACUGGUUGAAGAUGUUGUUGAACUGGGCCCACUUGCACAAAGCGAUCUUAGCCCUAAGAUGAUGGUAACUCCCACACUUUAACAUAGGCUUACAAUAGUCGUAGCGCUAAGAUCGCUUUGUACAAGUGGGCCCAGUUCAACAACAUCUUCAGUGACUAUUGUAAGCCUAUGUUAAAGUAUGGGAGUUACCAUCAUCUUCGGAAUAAGAUCGCUUUGUGCAAGGGGGUCCAGGAUCAGAAGCUGGGAAGUCUGGACUUUGGAUUGUGUGAGAAUACUGUAUUACGUUUGAGAAAGGUGACAUUCAACUUUUUGGAGUUGAAUUUAUAAUUAGUUGGAUAUUAUACUGUGAUUGGCAACGACAAAGCUCUCUGUUCUGUAGUGAAUUUCCUGAGGUCUUCCCGAAAGUUGUUCAUGUGUUUUUAUAUGUCCAAUCUCAUUCAAAUCAGAUCACUUACUCCGAUGUGAUUCCUCGCUGUGUGAAGUUGUGAAGACACCUCCAAAGAGUGAGUGAGUUGGGUUUAACGCCGCUUUUAACAGUAUUCCAGUUAUAUCACGGCGUGUCAGCUUAAUGUGGGAGUAAA